CUGUACAAACUGUUUUGUUCUAUUAAAUCCUGUUACAUCUUUCGUUACAUAAUGGAGAGAAAUGUAUUACAUUUUAUACUUUCUUUAUUUCAUGUGUAGCGUGAGCCUUCGGAACGUCAGAUUACUUGAACAAGUGGACCGUCAGAUUACUUGAACAAGUGGACCGUCAGAUUACUUGAACAAGUGGACCGUCAGAUUACUUGAACAAGUGGACAGUCAGUUUACUUGAACAAGCAGUCCGUUUACUUUGUGACUUAUGCAAGCAAGCACGUUCGAUGCUAUUUAAGGACACGUUAAUAGAAUGUUUGUAGUAGACACGUGACACUAAUUUCUAAUUUUACGUUGCUAAGUAUUACAAAAAGUGUAAAUGCAUGACAAAGAUGCAAUUGUUGUACGUGCAUUUUAUUGUGACAGCGGUCAUGGUUCACUUGAUGGGCACAAGCUCCACAGUCCUGAAGUACAACCCACUGAUAUUCGAAAACGAAACAGCAUCUAAUGACACUAGUAGCAGAAUAGCCUGCAGCGCUGCAGUGGACAUCGUGUUUCUGAUCGAAUCCUCCGAGCACGUGAAAGGCCGCGAGAACUUCACCCAGAUGCUGUGGUUCGCCUCCAACAUCUCCCACAGUUUCCUCAUCAGCCCAGACGAUGUCCUUGUGGCCGGUGUGGUGUUCAGUGAUGUGGCCAGCAAGAUGUUUGACCUCAAGGACCACAGGGACAAAGCUAACGUUCAGUCGGCUCUACUGAACAGUCCUUAUAUGGAGCGAGAUAGCAGGACAGACGAGGCACUGAGCCUGGUGGAGCAAGGCGAAAUGUUUGGUCUACAGGCCGGUGGUCGCUACAACGCUGCCAGACUGGUCAUUGUCAUCAUGGCCGGCUCCUCGAGCAGGCCGGACAAAGCUUUAGCCUCAGCAAAGAGCCUGAAAGACCAGGGCGUGGCCAUCAUCUCGGUUGGAAUCGGCGACCAGGUCGGCUGGGAGUUGACCAGCAUGGCUAGUGGCCCCCAGGAGAUCUUCAGGGCCGACAGCUUCCAUUCGCUGGACAGGCAGAAGUACAAGCUGAUUAAACGGAUCUGUGACGGUGUUCUUGAUUAAGAUGAGUUGCCUCCCUUCGCAGAGCUAUUUGAACUGUUUGAUACAUAAGUAAAACCAAAAUAAGGUUCAAGAACAGUUGUAUCUAGAGGCCGAUAUCUAUAGCGUGGUUUGAUUCGUAUUUCUUCUGGGCAUGGACUGGCUACAUGAAAACAAUAUCUCUGUAUGGCUGAGUGGUGAAAAGGGGGGGGGGGGGAAUGGAGUUUUGAUUCUUGUGAUGUAUAAUAAUAUUAGAUACAAUUUGAUGGAAUAAAAUGGCAUUUGUUAAAGUGUUUACAAAUAAUUGGGACACAGUAUAGUUAGGUAAAAACAGACUAAUUACAGCUAGCUAACAAGGUAAUUAAAGCUAAUUAACCAGGUAAUUAAAGUAAAUUAACUAGUGAAUAUAGCUAGCUAACCAGGUACAGCUAGAUUACCAGGUUAUUAUAGCUGGCUAACCAGUGAAUAUAGCUGGUCAACGCAAUGAAUAUAGUUAGCCAACCAAGUAAUUAUAGCUAGCGAACCUGUUGAAUAUAGACAGCCAACUAGUUAAUUAAACCUAAUUAGAUUACCACAAGAAACAGAUGUUUUACUGUGUCCACACGUCAAUUGAAUGAGUCAUAUCAAAACACCUGACAUUCCCAUCUGUCAUUAGCCAGAAGUUUCUAGAAAAGACCAUCUGUCAAUUUCAAAAGACAAUUUCAACAUAUUGCGGGACAUUGGGGAUGGGAUGGGGGACUGACUUAAUGGAUCCUUUUUUUUCAUUUUACGAAUAGUGUUUCUGUUGGCUUAACAGUAAAACAAGUGGACUCAAUAUUUCAAAGCAAUUUAUUGAACAUUUGAAGGCUCUAGUGUUAUAACGAUUUCAAGCGAUCUUUUUAGGCCAAUUUAAGUGUAUAACUUUAUUUCACAAUACAUUUUAAUGUUAUGUUUAUUUGGAUUGAUCAAUAAAUAUAUACA